AUUAGACUAUAUAAAGUAAGAAAAUUUGUACAGUAAGAGAGAGAGAGAGAUGGGGAGGCAACCAUGUUGUGACAAAGUAGGCUUGAAGAAAGGGCCAUGGACUGUUGAAGAAGACAAGAAGCUCAUCAACUUCAUCCUCACCAAUGGCCACUGCUGUUGGAGAGCUCUUCCCAAGCUUUCUGGACUAUUGAGGUGUGGUAAAAGCUGCAGAUUAAGAUGGAUAAAUUAUCUGAGACCUGAUUUAAAAAGAGGCUUUUUAUCAGAAUAUGAAGAACAAAUGGUCAUUGAUCUUCAUGCCCAACUUGGCAAUAGAUGGUCAAAGAUUGCCUCUCAUUUACCAGGAAGAACUGAUAAUGAAAUAAAGAACCAUUGGAACACGCACAUAAAGAAAAAGCUAAAGAAGAUGGGUAUUGACCCUAUGACGCAUAAGCCUCUCUUGGAAGGUUCGCAACAACAAGCUCAUGAUGAGAAGAACACAAACCAAGAAGAUCAACAAACUAAAAAAGAAGAAGAACAACAAUAUCAACUAGAUAAAGAUUUGGAAAAGAACAACACACCAAUUUCUACUGAUGAUGGAUUUUGCAUUGAUGAAGUCCCAUUACUCAAUCCACAUGAGAUAUUUGUGGACAUUUCUUCUGCUCACCAUCAUACUAGUGAUGAUAAUGCCAACUUUAACAUUAGUAACUCCACUUCACCUUCUUCGUCUACCUCGUCGUGCAUAUCAUCAGUACCUAGUGAUGAGUUCUCAAAGUUUCUUGAUGAAAUUGAGAUUGUUGACAUCAAGUGGCUCUCCUCCGAUGAUUCAUCAAGGGAUAACAUUAAUUACAACGACGCCAAGUUCAACGACAAUGUUGAUACGAUGAAAUUGUGGGAUAUCAAUGAUUUGAGCAGCUUGGAAUUGUUUAUGAAUGAUCAUGAUGAUAGUUUGGUUGGAAGCGGAUGUUCAAGAAUGGUUAUAAAUCAAGAUUCAUUGACAUUUGAUAUCCUUUAACUUUUAGUUUUAUCUCUUGUUGUCUUAAAUUGUUUUAUGUUUGUUUUGGGUUGGUGUUGCAGUUUAGUGGACGACUAAGUGCAAAAGUACAUAUGUAAUAAAGAUUGCAAUUGUGAACAUAAUUUUCUCUA